AUGAGUGAAAUUAGUGAAAUUAGUGAAGAAAAAGAAACCAAAGAAACCAAAGAAACCAUCAAUAUUGUCGUAUCAUGUGAUGGUACUUUGAAUGGUCCAACCGUUGAAACCAACCUUUAUAAAUUGCAUAUACUCUUAUUGUAUGAUAAUUAUUGUAAUCAUUGUAAAGAUGAUGAACCUCUCAAAUUUUCUAAAUUUAAAUGGUUAAAAGAUCUCCAAAAUCGAAAUCAGAAAUAUCGCAAAACUCGUGAAAUUGCUUCAGGCGCUUUUCGCUAUGAAGAUCAAUAUUAUGAAAAGGGAGUGGGUGAAAAUUUUAAUUUAAUAGAUACAGCGUUAGGUUAUAGUAUGAUUGACAGAAUCAAACGUGCCUACAGACAUAUAGUCAGACGAUAUAAUGAUAACAAAAAUGAAGGUAAACAUAAAGAAAUAUGGCUCUUUGGUUUUAGCCGUGGUGCUUUCACAGUGAGAUGUGUUGCUGGAAUGAUACAAAAUUGUGGAAUAUUGAAAUAUGAUAGCAAAAAACUUAUUAAUCGCGCUUAUGAUCUUUAUCGUAGUGGAGAUCCAGACGAAGAGGAAUCUAUAUCAUUCCGAAAAUCAUUUAGUCAUCCAGGCCCUCCCGUAAUUAAGUUUCUUGGAUUAUGGGAUACCGUUGGUGCCCAAGGUUUACCCUCACUUACAAUUGGACAAGGAUUUGAAUAUCUGAAACUCCAUGAUAACAAUGUAUCCAAGUUAGUUAAAAAUGCAUACCAAGUAUUAGCCAUCCAUGAAAAAUCAGUUUUCUUUGAACCGAUACCUAUAAAUAAUGAAUGUGAAAAAUGCGAAGAAUGUAGAAAGGAUGAAGAAUGUGAAGAAUGUAAAAAGAAUGAAGAAUGUAAAAAUAACGAAAAAUGCGAACGUAUUAAGUGUGAAGAGUGUGAAAAGAAUAAAGAAUGUAGAAAUAGCAAAAAAUGUACGUGUACUAAGCUCGAAGAGAUUUGGUUUCCAGGGGACCAUUUGGAGGUCGGAGGAGGAACUUUUUCAGUAGAUAAAUAUAUAUCUAAUGAAAGUCUUCUGUGGAUGAUUAGAAAAAUUCUAUAUACUGGAGGUCUGUUUUCAGAGAAACGUUUAGGAGAAAAAGAGUUUGGGGAGAAACGAAUUAACAAGAUUCCUAAAUCUCGUUUUAGAUCAUUAUUACAAUAUGGACACUAUUUAAUACCAUUUUUUUAUCUUAAACGAGCUAGCACCACCGUGCCAUACUUGGGUAGGAAUAGAAAUAUUCCAUUAUACAGGGAUGAUAAUGGCAUGCUAACUUUCGAUCUUCUUUAUGAAAAGGGUUACUGGGAUUUAAAGGGUUACUGGAAAAAUAAGAGAUUUAAAAAUAUAGAUAAAAUAAGAAAACACAAAUACAAACCGAAUUCACUUGUUGAAUUUUAUGAUACGAUGGAAGAUAUUCUAAUCGAAGAGUUUUUAGCGACAAAUGGAAACGAUGGCGAAAUAGACAAAAAGGAUGGCAAUGAAGAAAUAGAAAAAAUCCUCAACUCUAUUAAGGAUAAUCCUUUUGAUGCGAAAACUAUUUCAAAAUUUAAUAAAGGAAGGUUAAUACAUCGAUAUAAAGCACACGUGGUCAAAGAUUCUUGCCUGAUUUGUAAUUUACGUGACUCGAUGACGAAUAAUGGCAUAUUUGACAGAUUAGAAAUGAGAGUACGACAGUUAACAAAUAAAAAAAAGUAG